AUGACUACACCAUCAUCAGGGGCUACCCUGGUACUGGUGAGUAUAUACCAUGACUACACCAUCAUCAGGGGCUACCCUGGUACAGGCAAAAGUGUCUCUGUAGUGGCGCUAGUACAGGUGCUCGUCCUCAUGGGGAAGUCUGUACUGCUGACGGCCUACACUCAUUCAGCCGUCGAUAACAUCCUGCUCAAGCUCAAGGCAAAAGGCGUGGAUUUCUUGCGUUUGGGUCGACGUUCCCGCAUUCACCCUGAACUGCACGGCUACGCAGACGAGAUCCUCACCUCGUCAUUCACUGACGUCACGCAGCUGGCAGAUUUCUACGCCAGUAAGGCAGUGGUGGCCACGACGUGUCUGGCUGUGAACCACGUGCUCUUCUCCAAGCGACGCUUCGACGUCUGCAUCGUGGAUGAGGCUGCUCAGGUAUUACUUCCGGCCUGCACCGCCCCCUUGCUGUGCGCUGACAAAUUUGUUCUUGUAGGAGACUCCCAGCAGCUCCCGCCUGUAGUGCAGAGCACCCAAGCCAGGUCUAUGGGUCUGACGGAGACCGUGUUCAGCAUCUUGGAGCGUGGAGGCAACCAGGACUGCUGCUCCAGCCUGACGCUGCAGUACCGCAUGGCGGCGCCUAUCAUGCGCCUUGCUAAUGCCAUCACUUACAACGGUCAGCUACAGUGCGCUUCUGACGCCUUACAAGACGCGCGCUUGCAUCUGCCUUACUUCCAAGAGACCAAGGUUACUGGACUUCCUGAUUGGCUGAGGACUGCGGUGCAGCCUGAGCAAUCAGUGCUGCUAUUAGACACCGCGGGCAGCGCCUGUGAGCAGGAGUGUUCACUUGGUAUCCAGAACACCGGCGAGCUGCACAUAACUGCUGCAAUAGUGGCUACGCUGUUGCAGCUUGGAGUGCUCGGCGUAGACAUCGGUGUGAUCGCCCCCUACCGCGCCCAGGUGCGUCUACUGCAGGAGUCGCUGACGCAGAAGACUCGCGACUUCAUAACGUCCCGUCAAAUUGAGAUCACGGAUCAAAAGAAUGAAGAUAAAAACUCUGGACAUCUCUUAGCAUCCGAUGAUGCUGACACGAGUGAUGGAACUGUCCCCUAUAAUGAGAUUAAAAAUAGUUGUAGGGAUGGAGUAGAUUCUGUCAAAAGGGUAGACUGUAAAGAACCAAUUACUACUCAAAAAGUUUUAGAGGAAAGCAAAAAGGUAGAAAUAAACACCGUGGACCAGUAUCAAGGACGAGACAAGCUCGUCAUCAUAUACUCGUGUGUCAGGAGCUGCACCGAUCCUAAGAAAGCUGGAGAGCUUCUGCGAGACGAACGUCGUCUCAAUGUCGCCUUGACGAGAGCUCAGCGUAAGCUCAUUGUUAUUGGUAACGUAAAGACUCUUAUGAUGUACGAGCCUCUCGACAAGCUCGUGUCCGUGCUCGGUGAAGAACAAAUAAUCAAAAUGGACGCCCAAGAUGGGUGGCAAAGUUGUUUCUCCAAGUCUUCAUCUUGAGUAUGCGAAUGAAUUCUAAAAAUAUUUCCAAAUACAUGAUGAAUGGGGAGGAGCACACGAGAUUAAUCCAAUGCCGGUAGGAAGUUCGUUCUUCUUGUUUGUAUUUUGAAUCAAUAGUCUCCAUGAUAACCAAUAUGAUAAUGACUGAUAUAAGUAGAAUAUUUGAGCAAGAGCAAAAGGAAAAGUGAGGCGAUCUUGCUCGAGUUUAAAACUAAUACAGAAGUUGAUGCUGGAUUAUGGAUAAAGUAUGUUCUUAGCACCUUCUUAGAUGCUAGCCUACAAAAUUGGAAUUUGGUAUUGGGUUGAAUCUUCCCCUCGUACUUUUCUGAAACGUGGGGGUUUUCUUUUCUGAUGUUGGUGUGCUGACCUACGUACACGUAUACGUGUUGUCUCCACCACGCUGCUCAAAUAGUAAUUAUUUUAUUUUGUUGUAAGAUGCAGUUUGCGCUGCGACCUACAGUUUUCAUGCACUAAGUCUUGGUAACUCUUUAAAGUCUUUCGUGGAGGUUAUUGUUUAUUUUACUCAAGUACAAAAAAAGUUUAUAAUGAAACCUUGUGUCGAGAUAUCUUAUUCGCUAACACAAUUUUUCACUAUGAGCUAUCUGUUAAGUUUUAUACGCAUGCAUUGCGCACAAAUUAAAACUACAGAAAGUAUUAUGUACCGUAUGCCAUACGAGCAUGCAAAUUCAUUUACCUGUUUUCUGUAAUUUUUAUUUGAUCUGAAAACAGGAAAUAGGUUUUCCUAUUCCGGUGCGAAUAUGUCUCCCUGUUGGCCGCUCCGCUCAACGGUCUUAUUAUUAUUUUCUCAUUGUAUGGGCGAAUUAUCUGUCACGACGGUAUCAAUGUUACUGUGGAUAUGAGAGAGUUAUUUACGUCUUACCCCGUAUGUUAGAAGAAGUCUUCUAUGAGUUAUAAUUUACCAAGAAUUCCUAAUACCGCGUUAUGGAAGAAUGCUUUUGUAUCGAAUUUGCUCAAAAUUUAAUUAUUUCAAUAAUUUCAAGUUGUCAUCUAGAGUUUUAAUGUUUGAAAAUGAUAAAGCCAUGCAUUAAACUUGGAAUUCCGUUAUCAAUUCGCACGCCUUAUGCGAUUGUUUUUGUAAUUUUGACGCAAGUUAUUUGGUUCAGAGUUCAGACACGUCUUCCAUAAUUCAUCUGUUGACGAAUGUGAUCCUGUAGGAAAAGUGUACCUUUAUUUAUCGAGUUUUAUUGUUAAACUCGCUCAAUGUUUGCUUUUGUUAGUGGUGUUGAAUCUCAUUGGUUGUUGCACAUUCCUGACUAGGACGUUGGAACCUUUUACACAUUUUUUAUAGUACUCUGAUCUUGAGAGUAAUUGUUUUACCAUUAUAUUCUCAUUUUGUAUGAGAAGAAAAAACAUGGUUUUCUGACCAUCAAAUAAAAUGUGGAGCAACAGCCUUGUACCUAACCCAAGCUGUUUCACAUAAUUAAUAAUGAACAGGCAAGCGA